AUGGAGUCGAAAUUUCACCCUUCAGCGGCCGUGCGCCCCGUUCAUGCUCGUUUUGAGCCCAGCGCGGCGAUUGCUACCUGUUGCGUGGAGGAAAUCAUGGCCAUGCCAGCCGAUCAGCUGGCUCGCGUCGCGUGGCCGUUGCUGACGAAUGCGGAGCGUUCUUUGUCCAUGAAAGACGUGUACUUCGUUCCUCCCGUCCGCGUGAGCGCGUCGCCACGGGCCACGGAAUCGGCAUUCGCUGCCGGGAUUCAGAGCUGCGUAGCAGAGCUCACAGAGAGCCUUUUGCAGACGGGCUGCAGUGAGGUGCCGCUGUCUACCGCUCAGUUGCGUGCUGCCGCGCUUGCUUAUUUUAUUGCGGCAUCGCCAGCCCCCCGAGGAGCGCAGCAGGCCUCGUCGCCAUGCGUUGCCGCCGGCCCUUCAGGUUCCGGCACGCAUGGCGCCGAAGCUGUUGUUCACCCCCUGUGUAAGGAGGGUCAUGCCCCCUUUCCGCCUGCCUUGAGCUUGUCGGCAGAUGUCUUUGAGUUCGCCAUUCAGUCGCUUGGGGACGCAUCGGAAAGAGAGCUGCGCGAUAUCACGAGCGGUGGGGGAUCAGUGGGGACUCUGUCCAAUACAUCGCGUUCCUAUACAGACACCGGCGCUCUCGCGUCACCUUUAGGAAGCGCCCCCGGGACCGCAACCGGCGCAUGCGCAACAAGCGAGGCCGCUGCUUCGAGUCGUGCAACCGCCAUUCAGUUGAACAGGAACAUUGACCACGACAACGACGCAUCGGGUUUUUUUGGUGGUGCGACAACCGCGUCGGGGGAACAGACACGAAGCAAUGUCCACUCGAAAACAGCGACAGCCGUGUCUGCCACGACCCUCGCGGAGAAGGGCAAGCAGACCAUCUCGCGCACCAACUGGGGCAGUACCGUGAGCUGUGGAAACGAUGAUGUCAGUGACCGCGAGAGCUAUGAGCGCAAGACGCGCCGGUUUCUUGCGGAGCGUGUCGACAUGCAGUGGGAGUCGGUCGUGGCAAGCGUCCUGGUGUCGGACAGCGGCGAGUGCUGCAGCGGGAGUGGCACCACUUCCGCUGCAGCUACAUCACCGUCGUUGUCCUUGUUGCCGUCAGCGGGAGCUGGGGCCUUGCUGCGUCAGAAGGUACUACGCACGGCGGUGAUGUUGUGUAGGCGUGCCCCGACUAGCGCUGAGGCGGGUCACUCGUUUGCGUGUUUACUGAAGCAUUCCUUGCGCGCUGUGUCAACCACCGACGCUAUACGAGGCGCGGACGGCAGUGCUGUUUCUGCCGCCGUCCUGUCCUCUCCGUCCUCGUUGUCAGCGUACCAUCGGCAGCUAUCGCCGCUGACGCUGGCACAGAAAGGAGGUCCUGUCCGGCCCAUCGAGAAGCGGAAGGCCCGCUGGCAGGUAAAGCAGACCCUAUCUCCAACAGCUUCCUCCCUGCAGUCGCAGCACACCUCUGUAGCGCAGCAGCAGGCUGCUCUUUGGGUGGAGGUGGUGCUGCCGUUACUGCACUUCGUGCCCCUUGUCCAGUGGUCGCAGGAUACACUCAUGGAGCUGGGCCAGGUGCUGGAGACGGUGACAGCAACGGCACCUGCCAAGCUUGUUGCAUUGGCUCAACAGCAGCACCAACAGCAACUGCUCAGUAAGAAGGCAGGUGGUUGUGAUGUCGCGGCUUACCAGCGCUCCUCGCAGGGACACAAGGGAGGAACCGCCGUUCCCAGAGCCCCAGUGGAGACUCCUGCUCCGGCUGUUAUGAGCGGCGGGGGCGCGGAAGAGGUGGUGAACUUCUCCGUACGCGUGCCCUUUGAAAUUGGUCUCCCAGUCCCUCCUGUGAUGACGGCGACCCGCCUGAGCGAGUUGGUGCAUGGUUCAGCCGACGCGACAGGCAAGAGUUCCAAUGCUAGGCGAAGCGUCACCGAUCCUGCCCUGCCGCUGGCGUACACGAGCGAAAGCGGCACAAGUACUGCCAACCGCUACCCGUCUUAUCCGUCCUCAGGGUUUCACGAAGUGCCUGACGUCCGUGACAACGAGGACCAAACAGGCGUAGCAACCGCAACAGAGGAGAUGUCGGCGGAGGAGCAGGAAGAGCACAGUGCCGAAGACGGAUCCGCAUACACAGAUGCUGAGGGCGAGUACGCGUACGACGCAGGCUCUACCGCACCCACCACCGCAAGUGCAUCGUCGCAGAGCCAAGUUUCUCAGGCAAGCACGGUCAGCGCGCCCGCGAGCAGCCACGACGACGAAGACGUUGAUGGCGCGAGCCGCGCUGGCGGUGUCGGAGAUGGGCUGAUGUUCAGCAGCGCGCAUGGAGACUUUGACGCACUGCCGUGCCGCCGUCGCAGGACACAAAUGGUGGAGCUCUCUUUGCCUGGUGCCACGCGUGUGUCUGUGCACAUGACCGACGAGGUGCAGUGGGACCGUGCCUUACGCGGUCGCGAUGUACUGCUCUUGCCGCUGGAGAGCGACGCGAGCAGCGCAGAGAGGACUCCCUCGGCGCUGGCAGGGCUCUCGACGUCGAGCACGUCGCCUAGGGCGGUGGGGAUGCUAAAGACCAGCUGGGCCUCUUCCGCUGUUGGCAAGGAGGCCAAGAGGGAAGCACAGCUGCCUGUGUCUCUGCACGGCUUUAGGGAGGAGCACGGUGAUAGCACUCUCACCUACCCUGGGCCGUGCCGUGUCGUUAUCCCGAGCUUGCCACAGGACCCUGUGUACAUGCUUCCUGGUGAGGUAUGCGCGCAGGUACAACUGACCCUUGACACGCGUUGGAGCAGCGAGUGGACGGUUGCUCUAUCCACUGCGCAGCGCACUGUAGCGGAGCGACUCUUGGCCUGGAUGGAGCGGCAAUUGCACGCGAGCAGUGACCAGCUGCAGCCACAGCAAUGGCGUGGUCGUGUCGCGAGCUCUGUCUUACUGCGAGGAGGCUUGAGGAGCGUCGGAGGUGGCGGCGCCUCGACACCUGCUAGUUCACAAACACCAAUGGCAGACGGCGGCAGCAGCGGCUUCCACGUGCCAAUCGCAGCGAUGACUACCUCAGCCUCCACCGGCGUUGCUGGACCUGCAACUGCGGCGGCUGCGCCGCUGGCAGACCCUUUUAGCCAGGCGCUGUACGAAAUGCCGGUGGCAGCGCUGCGGGCGCGGGUACGGUGCCACACCGUGCAUGCUGACGGCGUCCGCGCUGCGCUUUUGGUCAUUGCACACGUGCUGCUUCAAGACCGCGUCGGGUACCUUCAUGGUGACUCGCUCACAUGGCACUCACCGGCCUGGUCGGACGCCGUGCGCCGCGUCAGCCUAGCCAGCACCACCAUCGGUGGCACCAACAGCGGUGACCACGCGCUGGAGGUCGCUCUGUUCAUCCUGCGCAAUGUCGCGUCUGGCCCCACGGCAUCGACCGUGCCAUCUGCGCAAGUGGUGGAUGCGGUGAUUGACUUGUUCAGUAUUCCUGGACUCAAUAUGGCGGAUAUCAAAGCAGCGUUGGAGGACCGCCGGCAGCUUGGCAGCACCAUGUGGGUGGUUGUCGAUCUUCUAACCAAGUGCUCCGCGACGUGGCGAGCACCGAGGCACUUGGCACUGGUCAGUGAGGCGGUGCGACGGGUCCUGCUUCUCGGGUGCACUGGACCCGCAGCCGCGACCCAGCACCAUCACGCACAUUUCACUUCGCAGAGCACUACCGGUGCCAUCAUUGCUGGUGGACCAGCCUGGGCCCCUGUGGCGCCGAUGGCUGGAUGUGGCGGCACUGCCUCUUCGUCUUCGUCCAUCACCACCGCUGCCGCCGGCCACUACCUCAGUGUGGUGAGCGGGUGCGGCCGCGCCACCGAGGCGAAUCUUCGUCGUGGUGUUCAUGCUCUCCUUGCACAACUCUUUCGGCUGCUGCGUGCUCUGCUUCACCGCGUCCAGUCAACGCAAGCCGCGCCGCAUCGCUUCUUGCUGGAGCCGUGGGAGUACGGCGCAUUCGCCGCCUUCACGGUGUCGUUGAUGUCGGCGCCGAUGGACGCGGCUGACGUCCAGGUGUGCGCCCCACAUUUUGCGGAGGUGGUGACAGGCUUGCUCCCGUCCUUCACACGCCUGUCCCGCACAGAGUCGCUGCUGCUGACGAACGAGACGGCCGAGCAGGAGUUCUUGGUCGAGGUAGCCAAGUACGUGCGAGGGCGAGUGCCAUCAGCGUCGCUGUCAUCGUCGACCGGCUGCUCUGGUAGCGCAGAUGGUAAUGGAAUCUCUGAGUUUGGCGAAUGCGAGACCCCGGCCUCGCGCGAACCACACAUCCACCGCCGCUAUCAAGAAACCGCCAGCGGAAACACUGUGACGUCUAUUAGCUCGAUGCCAUCCGUCUUGGGCGAUGGUGGAGGGCUUUGGGACAUCCCUCAGAGCUCCACGAACGCGUCAUGGACUCCCGGGCAUGUGCGGGUGGAGCUAUGGAACGGGACGUGCAGCGGCUUCUUCAUCGGGCUCGCCUCCGCAGACAUACCGCUCGCGGACUGUGCACCAGAGACGGAUGUCAACGGCAUUUACUUUAUCGGGGAUGGUACUGUACAGUACGGAGACUUGACACGCCGUCAGCGUCGGCUGCCUCACUGGCGCGCUGGCGACGUUGUGGAACUCAGCUUCGUGUUUGCGCGUGGUGCCUGGGACGUCGUAGUGGCUCUCAAUGGCGUGAGCCUGACGCGGUUGACACUGCCGCGGCGGGAUUUUCGCCUUGUGGCGACAAACGUUUGCACCGGCGAGUACGUGCCAGGCCGCGGCCACGUGCACGUGCUAUCCGUCACCCCAGUACAUAGAAGAGAGUGCAAGGGCAGCGGCGCUGCGCGGCACUUCGGUGUCGGCGACACAGGAGGCCAUACACUCUCCGCAGGCUUGUCAUCUACACUGUCGUUGGCGUCGGCGCCGGCUGACGUCCGCCUCUCUCCCUUUGCACGUUUGACCUUGUUCGGUGUUUCGCUGCUGCUAGAGCUGGUCCUUCACUACCUUGUGCUGCGCAGCUCUCGCCACGCCCGCGCCGUCGCCGCCCCCACUGCUGCAGGGCACGGGGAUGGGGUAAGCCUGGUGCCGGCGUGCACUGUUCCCCUACAGCACAGUGUGCAGCAGCUGGUGCGGCUUCUGCACGACCUCGGCAGCGCUGACAGCACCAGUGCCGGUGGCGCCGACGAUGGCGCUGUGUGCCACGUGAAGCGCACGGCAGCCCGACACGUCACAAACGCGAUGCUGCUCGACCUCGUUGUGACUCUCUCCAUCGCGGUGCCAGCGACGCCGGCACUCCUCGCCUCGCACGUUGAUGUCCUCACCGCCGUCGCCGAGUGCGCAGCCGUGGCGCGCAAGACUCGCUCGGUGGCUUUGAGUGCUCUGUACAACGCCAUUUCGCACCGCCCUUCGGCUGCCGGAGGCGACACCGCAUCCACAUCGCUGGCUUCGCCCCCGGCAGCAGCUGUGCCGGUGAGUGCGAGUGCUGUACGUCGUCUCUGGGCUGCUUGCCACCAGCUUGCUUCCACCACGCCUGGCUACCAGCCGCGGUUCAGCAGUGCGUCGGUCCCGUCCUGCGUCACGGUGCUUGCGGGUGGGCGUCGAGUUGAGCACAACCAGGCGGGGACCACCAUCGGCUCCAGCGGCAGCGGUGCAGUUUUCAGCAAUGUGCGCAGCACGUCGUACGCUUGUAAUCCCAUUGACCUGGCAGAUCCGCGCACGCCCGAUAUCGUACGCGUGUCUGUGCGACUACAGCGUGGCUUUCAGUGUGAGACGCUGGGGCGCUACUACUAUUUCGGCCUGGCAGAGAUCAAUGCGCCGCCGGUGGCUACUUCACUCAAUGGAAACGGUGAGCUCACCCUCUACCCAGGGGAGCGGUCGAAGCAGUGCCGGGUGUACUACAUCUCGGACUACCUGAACGAGGUGCCCGGCACGGCUGUGCAGCGGUGGGACGCAGAGCAGACCGAGAACUACUUGAACCCUGACACUUGUAUUGUCUUCGGGUCUGGGGACGUCAUGACGGCUGUUGUGUAUGUGAAGGAGCGGUGCAUCGGCUUCGAGCGGAAUGGACUGCCGCUGAAUAUUUUACAUCGCGGCAUCCCUGCCUCCGUGCGACACCUCUUCCCGUUUGUGGAGCUGUACAAUCGAGACAGUCGGGCCAAGUGGAUGUACUCGCCCGACGAAGCCGUCGUCAGCGCGAGGUACACGAUGCGCGCAAUGCUGCUGUCGUGGACACCAGUGGUGCUGCCGCUCGUAAAGGAAUACCUGUCCAGCACCACCACCACCGCCUCUGAUGCGUCGGGCCAGGACGUAACUCUGGGCGUGCUGGGCGCGGAUGGAGACGAGAUGCAGAUGGUCUACGUCACCCCUCCGCAGCUCGACCAGCCUGGCGGCUGUACGAUGUCAGUGCGCGUUGAGCGCUUCGAGGGCGGCAUGGUUGUCGUCAGCGACGAGGCUGGGUCUAUUCAGCGAGUGUGCGCGGCUGCCCUGGAGCCGGACUCCACGAGGGAGACUUAUUCGCUGCCGGCGUUGGCCGCGGUGCGGACAUGCUUGCAGGCAUGCGUGCCAGAGGUCGCCGCGUUGGCCGCCGAGUGUCUUGCAGGGCUGAUGCAAACCUCACCAACGUUCUUGGUUACCUCAUCGCGCUCACUUAGUUAUACGAAAGAAAUCUCAGGCAGUGCAGCACGCCGGCACGUCGUACUGAUUCACCCGGCGACCCUCUUACGUGCCCUGCGACUCCUCUUCGUGCACAGCUCACUGCCAGGAAAAGGGGGCAACAGUAACAACGGCGACAACAAUCCCUUCAACAACUCCCCCACAGGCGCAGGCGGCGGUGAUGUCAGUGGGCCUAUGAGUGGCGCCCCUAUAACACCGCUGUCAACCACACUUUCGGCGGCAGCGGACAAGACCAUACACACUCUCUUGCCCUUGCUGGACGCCAUCUUGCCAGCGGCGCAGUUGGCCCUGCCUCCGCAUGUGUUACUGCGUGAGGCGUGGAAUGAACUUUGGUGCAACCCCCGUCUCUGUGAGCGACUGUCCAUUAGCGUUCCGCAAGCCAACUCUACCAACACGGAUGCGGCGGCGGCGAGCAUGUACACGGAGUCUGCCGACACGACCACGCUCACGAGCGUUAAGAGGUUUGAAGACCGUCUUCAUGGCCAUCGACGUCGCGGAGACGCGCUCUUGUGCCCUACGUGCGGUGAGCGGUGGUCAGCCUGUACUGGACACCACUCCGCACCGUCGAGCUGGUGUGACCUGCUCGAUCGCGUCCUGCGGCGACUGCAGGAGCAACAACCGCCGUCGAAGGACCAGCGCACCUCGCCAUAUUGCAGCUGGUAUACUGAGUGGACGGACGCCCCGCUUGUUGACAUCGACUGUGCCACUGCCGCUGGAGUGCUGCCGCAAGGCGCGUCUGCCGCAGCAACCGCCGCUGCCUUUGGUGAUGUUGGGAGCGAGGUGGAGGCGGGCGACGAGGACUACCACAGCCCGACGUCUGCCCAGUCCCCCGAUGCGAUGCUGUGGGAGGAUGCCGAUGAUGAGAAUGACGACGCCGAGGUCAGUGAGGCGGCGGCGGCAAACGAUUAUUCCGAGCCAGUUGUGGAGGGCGAGGGGCAAGACAACUCUGGUGACGCGACAGCGCUGGGAGACGACUACUCGGUGGCCUCCGGCGCCGAAGAGAUGAUUAGCGAGCAUAGUGGGGCGACUCGCAUUCACUCGGGCGACGAAGAUAACCAGAACGAGGAGGGUGGAGAGGACGUUUGGGGGGCACCAGCAGCUUCUACCAGCGCCGCACGCAAACCCUGUGCUGACGCGGAAGUGGAUUGUGGGAAGGACGUGGAGGCACCAAUGACAUUGACGAUUCGCCCGAUGCGAAGCGACGCUGGUGAGGAGGACGACCGCGUGCUCGUGAAGGGAUUCGGUGAAACAAAGGAGGCCUCCUUCACUUUCACUGGCUACCUCGUCUCCUCAGCGGUGCUGCGUGGGCGGAUGGAGUUCGACCGCGCCGACCUGCCCGACGGUGACGACGCCGACGGAGCUGCCAGCCAGGAAUGGGCCUGCUCCAUGUGCACUUUCAUUAACGAGCCUUCCUCUGUGCGAUGCGCCAUCUGCACCAACGCGCGUCCAGGCGCGUCGUGGACGUGUCCCAUGUGCAGCUUCGCUUACAAUACCCUUGCGGCAGCGACGUGCGUGACGUGUGGGUGCAUGCGACCGAACAGCGUGCGACGGCAGGAGGCGACGGGCCUGUGCUGCUACUGCACCUUGUGUCAUCAGAGCGAGCACGUCCGCGACUUCCACGCACUGCGCCAUCGCCACUUUUGCGCUAGAUGUGCCCGCGUGACGCGGUGGCUUCCGAAGGAUAAGCUCUCCACCACCAUUGAGGCGCGUCUCACCGGCGACGGCGCCACCUUGGAGUUCCAGUGGGCGCUGGACGGCUCCAAGAUCAUUUGCUUCGGCCUGCACACCCGCGCGUACAACGCUGACGUUUUGUGGGAGUUGGUGGAGGAGGCGGCGAAACAGAUUGGGUCGUGUGCUGCCGCGGAGGUGGGUCGCUAUGUCUCUCCUAUCCCAGAGCGUCCGCUCACGUCGCAUCUGGCAAAGUCACAAGAGCGCAAAACUCAGUCGGCGGCGCCGGCAACUGUGGAGCCGUGCAUGGUCGGCGCCAUUGUCUACUACGCGAGCGCCAUCGUUCUUCGCUACGCGGCACUCCUGCCACCCAGUCAGCUGUGCCAAGCGAGCUUCUUGCGUCGCAUUCAUGUUUGCUCCACGGGUUGGCUGGAGAGCUGGCGCCAGUUCCCGGCAUCCACAGUCACCCCUAUCUUCUUCCGGUGCUUGCAGAUGCUGCAGGAUGGCAUCUGUGAGCCGGACUUGGUCUCCACCAUCGCAAGCGUCGCCCUCGCGUUGAUCCGGCAACAGCCACUCAGCCUCGCGCCUGAGAAGGACGCGCUACUCCACGCGCUAUGCUUGAAUGUUGUGCGACACGGUGACACGGCACAGCGCAAGGCCAGCUACGAGUGCCUGAGCGCUUUGAUGGAGGACAACGCAUGCGGUCGCUUGAACGUGCAGCCACUGGUGCCAGUGUUGUCCAUGGAACCCCUUGUGGAGGGACAACAGCGGGCGACCGUCCUGGGGCUUCUCCACCACGCGUCCAUGCGAACCACUUCAGCCAUUGCAAAGGCAAGCGCGUGCUUGGCACGUACUGUGGUCGCGAUGGAGCAGCGGCGCCCACUGCCGCCGAUGCUGGGCAAGCCCUUUCCGCACGUUGUGGCCUUGACGGAGACUCGCCUCAACGAGGCCGGGGAGCUUCUUGUCGGUCAGGUGCGCGGCAGUAUUGGCGUAGCGCCUACGAAAGGUGGCAAGUUCUACUACGAAGUGGAGGUGCCACCGGAUUUCGCCGACCGAUCCAGGACGGUGGUGAUGGGGUGGGGCACGCUAGAGCACGAGCGCAUUGCCUCAGCGCAGCACGUCGGGUCUGACCUGCAUUCGUGGGGGUAUAACUGCCGCGAGCACCUGCGCCUGAUGAUGACGGAGCAGGCGAUUCCCGUGCCACGACGCCCAAGCGCCGGCGACGUUAUUGGGUCUAUGAUCGACCUCGAGACGAUGAUGGUGUGUUGGACCAUCAAUGGACAGGAGCUAUCGUGGGUGUCGGUGCCGGCGCAGGGCGACGGGGAGGAAAUCUACCCAUACGUGAGCGCCUCCGUCGAGCCGCACAGCCUCAAGAUCCGCCUGGGCAACACGCAUUUCAAACCAGCUGGCUAUCAAGACUACUCACCACCGUCAGACAAGCAGUUGUGGAGCAACGAUGACGCGGACAACGGGCAGGGCAGCACGGCCGCUCCUGUCCCGCAGACGUACCAGUUCUAUCAGCAACUCAGUCGUGCUCUGGAGGAGGCCUCCAUCACGUCCUUCAAGGAGUCGUCUCUGUUGCCGUUGCUCGACGCACCUACGGCGCACAGCGUAAUUCGGCAAUACCCACUUUUGAUGGCGGUGGCCGGAUCGCCCACCCUCGGCGGCCGCGGGAGGCACAUGGAAGCGUCGAUGAACAUUCACAGCUUGCUUCUCUACAUCCAUCAGCUGCGCUGCGUGCAGGAGCUGACCAUCAUCGUUGCACGCCACCUGUGGCUUAUCGAAAAGUCGCCGUACCUCAUUUCUUGCUACCGCAAGGCAACGGACCUGCUCUUCAGCAGCGGUCGUUGGGCCAUUUUCGAGCUCCAGCCAGGCGGUAGGCCCAAGUACAACGGCGGACACGCACUCCGUGUGUUUGUGUCACUGCGCAAGGCGAGCCAGGUGCGGGCCGAGGCAGACGCAGCAUGGAUGGCGGAGCACCCGGCGCUACUGUUGCCUGCGUCAUCCACGGUAUCGCCGCUGCCGCCUCCCUCGCACCAGCACUCUCAUGCUGACGCCGCCUCCACAACUGCGCCGCUCCCGUUAGACGGCGUUGGACAGGUGGCCGCCGCAGCGGCGGCGUCCUCCUCUUUGGGAGAGGCACCGCUGACUGCCUUCGUCUACGAUGUUCACGACGACGACGACACGGAUGACAACAAUGUCGACUUGGUGGGCGUCGUGGAGGAUGGGGACGAGAACGCCGAGGGGGGUGAGGGCGAGGCGCCAUCGAGGGACGCGGCCAACUCUGGCAACGGUCAGCGCAACCCCCUGCGCGACGUUUUCGGCGAUGCCUCUGCCUUAUCAUCCGAGGAACGCCGGCUGCGGUGCAGCGUGACUGGGCAGCUCUUCGCCCAGUUGGAGAAGACGCGGGUGUACCAGCGAGCACGCAUGUUUGCAGUGCAGUUGGAGGGUACACUAGCGCUGGACGCGGGUGGCGUAACACGCACAAUCAUGAGCAUUAUCGGAGAUGAGGUAAGCUACCGCUUCAUCCGCGGCGUGCGAGUUGACCCACUGGUACCUCUCUUUCAGCUGUGCAGCCACAGCACCAUCUUCACAGUUGUCCCGAACAUGUCCGCCCUGUACGCCAGCGAGGCAGCCGCCGAUGGCGUCGAGAGCAGUGUGCUGCGUCGCAUGUUUGAGUGGCUUGGCAAGAUCAUGGGCAACAUGGUGCUGUGCGGCACGCUGAAGGCUUCUUUCGACUUUCCUCAGAUGCUGUGGAAGACGCUGACCUUUCAAGAGGACACCAUAACGCUUGCCGACUACGCGCACGACAUAGACGAUAACAUUAUAGCCGCUCUCGAGGACGAGGAGUUUGUGCUUAGCGAGGGCUUCUUUGCGUCUCUGCCGGAGCACGUGCGAGCGAGCCCAGUGUUUCUGCGCAGCUUGCAAGGCGGUGGGACCGGUGUGAUGGACGGUGCCGUUGCACCACUCGUCGCACGCCCGCUGCGGCCGUACGCCUGCAUGACGCCGGAGAUGAGCAUGCAAGACAUGAGUCACCUGGUACUGGAGGAGCUUGAGGAGAUGGCUGCCAGUGUGGAGGCGGCAGAAGUGGACCGGCGCCGUGCCCUCGCUCAGGAGGCGCUGCUCCAUCAGUACGACCCUGCGUUCUUGGCGAUUCGUGCCGGUCUGACCUCCGUUGUUCCCGCCACUUCGUUGCGCUCCGUACGGUGGGAAGAUCUGCGCGCGCGUGUGUGUGGCACCGCCCCCGCCUCGAGCGAGCACGUCAUCGCGGAACUCGACAUGUCGCCACUCUCCCCUUCCAUGCGCGCGAUACUGACAGACGUGCUGAACGGCUUCACCGAGUCUCAACUGGCGCGCUUCUUGCUUUUCUGCUCUGGCCAGAGUCGCAUUCCGCUGCCGGAGAAGGUGCUGGUGGAGUGCGGGGAUGAGCCGGGACGGCUACCGACAGCCCACACUUGCUCCCCGAUUUCGCUGCUUCUGCAACCAUGCACGACUGCAGCGGACUUGCAAUACGACCUCGAAAUGUGCCUCACCCACGCGGCGGAGUUCGGGUUUGUGUAG